AAUAUUUCAAAUUUAUUUCCCAGAAAAACAAAAAAUCCAACUUUUUACUUCCUCUAUUUUAUAUUAUUCAAUUUAGCCCAACGUAAAAGCUGGAGUCGCAAUUUGCAUGGUCGUCAAUGGCUCAAUUACCGUCCCCCUCCCCUGUGUUCACUGAAGCUCUCAAGUUACAAAACCCAUUACCAAAUGGUUGCUCUAGAACUCCAUGGCGCAUGUUAGCCAAGCCCAGCAGUAGCCUGACUUCGAUGGGUGGUCAUGGCGGUGGCGGGAGGAGGCGAAGAGGCUUGGGCAGGCUCAGAGUGGCAAUCGACGGCUCACCUUCAACAGACGCCGUCGCUGAUGAUUACUACUCCGUCUUGGGAUUGCUUCCAGAUGCGACGCCAGCACAAAUUAAAAAGGCGUAUUAUAAUUGUAUGAAAGCUUGCCAUCCGGACUUGAGUGGUGAUAAUCCAAACACCACCAAUUUCUGCAUCUUCAUCAAUGAGGUCUAUGAGGUUCUCAGUGACCCUGUGCAACGCAUGGUUUACGAUGAAAUUCACGGCUAUGCUUUGACAGCAAUCAAUCCCUUCCUGGACGACUCUGCAUUAAGGGAUCAUGCAUUUGUCGAUGAAUUUAGCUGCAUAGGCUGCAAAAACUGUGCCAGUGUUGCUCAGGAUGUCUUUGGUAUCGAGGAAGACUUUGGAAGAGCCUGAGUGUACAGUCAGUGUGGGAACGUAGAUUUAAUUCAACAGGCAAUUAAUAGUUGCCCUAUUGAUUGCAUCCAUUGGACUUGUUGAAUGACUUCUGCUGCACAACUAUCAUUGCUCGAAGAUGAGAUGCGCAGAGUAGAAAGAGUAAAUGUUGCACUGAUGCUUGCAGGUAUGGGCUCAUCAGUGGAUGUUUUCAGAAUGGCAAGUUCUCGGUGGCAAAAGAGGCAGUCACAAGUCUUGGAACAAGCUAAAAUUAGGAUGAUGAAGAAGAAGGAUACGGAUAAAACAGAAUCAUACUGGGACAACAUUUGGGCUAACCCCAAAGAGUACCAAAAUUCAGAGGAGGAAGUGAGAGAAAGAGCAAGGAGAGCAGCAGCAGCUGCUCGAAGAUGGAGGGAGUACUCAAGGAGGGGUGCUGAUAAGCCUCCGAGCUAUAAACUUCCGGAGGCCAUCUCCAACAACGAAAACUGACCAUAUUCAUCUGUAGAGGACGAACACCAUUGAAAUUAUUAGCAUCAAAUGUAAGUAUUAGCAAAUUUAUAGUUAUGGCUCGUGUAAAUUUGUAAUCAUGUAAAAUUUAAGGAGACCUAAAAAGUCUGCGUAAUCAGUAUAGCAGCUAUCAGAUUACCGUAAGAUUGAUCUAUAAGUUAAAUAAAGGAAAAACAGAGAGAAGAUACACAUACAUAGAAGCAUGCUGCAUAUAUGCAAGUGAGGUUUUGGUUGCAUCAAAGCAUCGAGGUUGACGUUAUUUCUUCUUUCGCCAAGACUCCAUCCAGAAUCCGAACACGAAACAGCAAACUUUGUAAGCGCAUGCGCUACCGGAUUGAGCAAGAUGCCUACUUUAUUUCCUUUAAAAUGUUGAUUCCAAACGCAGUAUAUAUAAAGAACUGAUUUACACACUUUCUUUUCUGUUUUUACAGACUUAGUUUUAUUUUUGUCUACGAUUCUUCUAAAAUUUGUGCAAUCCCAAAGGCUAAAGAUCAAUAGUGAUGUGUU